AUGGUACAAAGACAGACCAAACCAAAUAAUUUGCGAGCAAAUUACACUGUGAGAACCAGAACAGGCGAGAUAUUGGGCGCAGAAACAGAUGCAAAGAUCUACCUCUCCCUCGUUGGUGAUGUCGAUGAGACACCGUUUGUUCAGUUGAAGCACAGUCAAGCCGAUUCUGGACCAUUUCGUAUCGGACAAGAGGAUGUUUUUCACUUUAAUAGUCCCUUUGUCGGAAAGAUAGAAUCAGCAAAAGUGAUGCUGGAGAGUAAAGACGAGAAAUCUACAUGGUAUCUGAAAUUCCUCUCCGUAACGGUGAAUGAAGUGUCUCUGCGGUAUCACUUCUCUGUUGACAGAUGGCUGUCCAAAAUUAAGUCGGAUGAUAGGAUGCUGUAUGAAUUCUCGCCUUCCUCGAUUGAACGAAUCUUUUCAGGUAAUAAAAGAACCUUAUUUAUCGUAAAGUUAGUGACAUCUUAG